CUCUUGACCACCAUGUCGACGUUCCUCGAACAGAAAGCCACAAACGAAAAGUGCUACGAUGCUGUCGCGAACGAGUAUUUAGCCUGGACUGGCCCUCGCCCUACACCAACUCGGAUGGGGCUAAUUGACGACUUGUUGAAGGAUCUGCCAGCCAAAGCUGAGAUACUCGAGCUUGGCUGUGGAGCGGGCGUCCCAGCGACGCAGGUCCUGGUCUCGCACGAGAAAGCAUUCGUCGUCACCGGCAACGACAUCUCCGCUGCGCAAAUCGCACUCGCAAAGCAGCACGUUCCUGGUGCGAAGGCAUUUAUUCAGGGCGAUAUGCUCACGUUGGACUUUCCUGCUGGGUCUCUUGAUGCCGUUCUCGCGUUCUAUUCGAUCUUCCACCUUCCCAAGGAGGAGCAGGGCGAGAUGAUCGAGAAGAUUUACGGGUGGUUGAAGCCUGGCGGCUGGUUUUUGGCCAACUUCCACUUUGAUAGCGGAGAUGUGCGACGCGACGAGUGGAUUAAGCCAGGGGCUACUAUAUUUUCCAGCGGUUUGGGUGUCGAAGGCACCCGAGCGGUCUUCAAGCAGGAGCAGUUGGCUGGAUUCAAGUUGAUUGUUGAUAAAGUUGAUACCGAAGUAGUUGGUGGCUUUGAGGAAAAGUUCCACUGGAUCAUGGCCAAGAAGGACGCGUAA